CUGGAGAGAGAGGUGGUGGUCGGGUGCAGAGAAUAUAAAUUCGUCAAUCGCAUGAAAUCAUCUCAGUUAUUGUUCAGAUCACUUGUGAAACAAUCAAAUAACUUCAACAGAAAAAGUGGCCAAGAUGAAGAUAUCUUUGGUUUUUCUGGGAUUAUUCCUGGUAAUUUGCACAAAUGCGUCGCCAUUUGAUUUGGCUAAGGAGUUAAUGGAAAAAUACAAAACUGGAAUGGCGGAUUUGAUUAAAUCAGCCAAGGAUUAUCAUCCAAAAGAGUUUAGUUUCAACGAAUUGUUCAAAGACAAAGAAGUUUUAAAACACCCUCAUGAAUUUGACUUCAUCAUCGUGGGAGCUGGUACCUCCGGAGCAGUCCUCGCCUCCCGCCUAUCCGAAGUCCCAGAAUACAGUGUCCUACUCCUGGAAGCAGGCCAACCCGAAUCCGUCAUCUCAAAAAUCCCCUCAAUGCAUCCCCACGUCUCCAAACUCCACCACUGGGGUUACCAAUCAACCCCACAGAAACACUGGUGUCAAUCCCAUGAAAACCACCAGUGCCCCAUCCCCACAGCCAAAAUAAUCGGAGGUACUACAUCAGUAAAUGAAAUGAUCUACAACCGAGGCAACAAACGUGAUUUUGACACCUGGGCUGAUGAAGAAAACAAAGACUGGUGCUACAACGAUGUCCUGCCCUACUUCAAAAAAUCCGAAAACGCUCAUCUUGUUAAUUUUGAUAGGAAGUAUCAUAGCAGUGGAGGUCUUCAAAGUGUCGAAGACAACGACCAUGAUUUCAACAUGACCAAAAAGUUCAUCAAAGCAGGUGAAGACCUUAAAUACCCUGUAGUGGAUUACAAUGGUAAGGAACAACUAGGGUUCAGCACUGUUCAACUUAUGACCUUCCAUGGGACAAGAUCAAGUAGUUUUGCUUCUUUUAUCGAGAACCAAAGAAGGAAAAACUUGUAUGUUUUGAAGGAUAAUGUUGUAGUGGAGAUUCUGAUCAGUCCACAUACCAAGGAAGCCCAAGGAGUUAAAUAUAUAGAUCCCAGUGGUAAGGUAAAAACAGUCAAAGCUACCAAGGAGGUUAUCCUGAGUGCUGGAGCAAUCAACACAGCAAAAUUACUACUUUUAAGCGGAGUAGGGCCUGAAAAAGAUCUCAAAACCCAUGAAAUUGAUUGUGUGGUAGAUCUCCCAGUAGGAGAACACCUUAGGGAUCAUCCCACAGUAGACCUUCAUUUUAAACAUGAAGAGGACCAUAAAGAAAAACGUGAAACCCAUGAACAUGAAGAACAUGAAGAGAAAAAAGAAGAUAAAAAAGAUGCUAAAAAAGAAGGUAAAUUUAUAGACCUUCCUGAAGACCCAUUUGAACAUGACCUCCUCCAAUACCUCAAAAACAACCAUGGGGCUUUAACCCAACCCUCAAUCAAGGCCCUAGCCCAAAUAAAAACACCUUCAUCCAAAGCCCCUGGUAAAUACCCUGAUAUCCAACUGAGUCUCCGCCAGGACUACCAUAAUGAUAAAUACAUUCUAUCUGUGACCCUUAACCACCCUAAAUCUUAUGGUAGUGUUAAAUUGUCAUCAGGGGAUUUAUUAAAAUUCCCUCUGGUUGAUCCCAACUUUUACUCAGAUGAAGAAGAAGUUGAUUUUAAUACAAUGAAAGAAGGUAUUAAACUAGCUCGUGAGGUGGCCCAUAAAAUGGGUCUGCAUGAAAUAGUAGAUUCCGAAUGUGUGAAGGAUAAUGUCAAGUCUGAUAGUCAUGAUGAUCAAGAUGAGUGUAUUAUCAAGCAUCAUACAAGAGCAAUCGGAGAUUUUACUGGUACGACUAGGAUGGGUUCAGAUGAGCAUAAGAAUGUGGUUGAUGAUAAACUGCAGGUGCAUGGUGUGCAUAAACUGAGAGUGGUGGAUUUGGCGGUGGUGCCGGUUAGUAUUACUGGAGAUGUGAGGGCUACGGGAAUUAUGAUCGCUGAGAAGGCUGGGGAUUAUAUUAAACAUGCUUGGAAAUAAUUGAUGGGAUUAUGUGUUUUGAAGAGUUCAAGAGUGACUUGAUGAAUUGUAAAAAUGUAUUCGGAAUUUUGAUUAUAUUUAAUGUUCGGUUUUAUUAUUGUAAUAAAAUUAUUUUUGGAUUAUAA